AUGUUAUUAACUAACAACGCAUUGCCUAGCAACGUCGUACAAACCAACUCAAGCUUAUCGUUAUUACAGGGACUAAUGAAUUAUCUAUGGCAGGCGUCAUCAUCCCAAGACCGGACCGGUAUAACGUACAAAAUAGAUAGAACAGAUCAAAUAUUCUUGCUAAUAGUAUGUGUUAUCGCCGGCCUAUGCUCCAUAAUUAUCAUGGUUGUCGUGUUCAACCACUACAUCUUGGAUUUUGUCAGAGUAAACACAAGGAGAUUGAAGAGAAGUCGUAUGCCAAUAAAAGAUUGGUUGUUCGAGGCUGAAUGUCAAGACAAAGAAUCAACAAAUGAGACAACAAUAAGAAAAAUUGUCAAUGCUAACAUAAAUUCAUCUGGUGAAUACCCGGGUGCAAAUCCUCUUACGCAAUCAACAAGGAUUGGACCAGAGAUAAGGCAAAUUUCGAAUAGGUGUAAGACUUUAGCAACAGAAAAUGAACAAUGGGAAACGAUGUCGGGAUUAUCGUUCGAGCCUAUAAUAAUAGGAAGCGAUAAGGAAGUAAAAAUUUUGGCUUCAUCCCAAAAUAAUCAUGAAAAUACAAAUACACAGAACAUAAACGAGCUGAAGCUUGAGGAAGCAGCUCAUAAGACUGUAAAGCUUCAUUCCAAAAAAGAACGUGAUUUUAAGCGCAAUGACAGGAUUAAAAGAUUGCUGACUACCAAAAACCAAAUCAUAGAACAAGAAGCAUGGUUCAACGGUAAACAAGAAACAGAAGCGAUAGUCGAACAUCAAAACAUGAAUGGAGAAGCGUUUAUUGCCGAAGAACAAAAAGUAGGCAUCAUCAAAAAACAAAGAAUUGAUUUAAAAGAGCGCAACGAAAUGCAACACAAAAAAUGGCUGAGUCAAAGAAAUGAAAAAUUGGUGCUGUCACCAACGAUUGAUGUGAUCUCUGGACAUAAGUUGGAUCAAAUGGGUAUACACGAAAAAGUUGAACUGUUUUUGAAGUCACAAUCGGGUGGAAACCCGACAAAAAAGGGAAUAGCAAAAUCAAAAGCUACAAGUGAAUAUAAAUAA